UGCAGUUAUCCUACUAUAAUAAUAAAUUUAAAAAAAAGCUGUGACUGCUAUGUCUCACAGCAGAAGACAGGUGGCGCCCUUGUGUCCAUGAAUAAGCAGAAAUGCUGCUCUCUGUUUUUGCUGAGUGUCACACAGAAGAGACACUGACCUGAUUUUGAAGUCGCAGGGCUUCAUCCAUCAGCCCUUAUGGACCUUUUUAAUAACAUGUAUCUGCGGUUAGGUACCACUAAGAUAUAAUCAUUCUUAGGCUAUUUUAGUUUAGUGUUUCCAUCACCUGCCUGCUCUGGAGAGGAGAGGAGGGAGGGAUAUUGAGCAUCUCUCAGCCUCCGCCCGCCUCUGUGUCUCUGUGGAGAGACGUGGAGAGACGGAGAACCGCAGACCGACAGGAGGACAGACACAGAGAGACACAGAGGGGCGAUGGCCGCGGAUGGAGUCUGCGGGGACUCGGUGGAUCAGUACCGGGCCGAGGUGGAGCGGCUCACCCAGGAACUGGCCGAGGCGAACCGGGAGAAGAUCCGGGCUGCGGAGUGCGGACUGGUUGUCCUGGAGGAGAACCAGGCGCUGAAGCAGAGGUAUGCAGACCUGGAGAUCGACCAGGACACUCUCAGAAAGGAGUUGGAGCAAUUACAGGAGGCGUUCGGCCAGGCUUACACCAACCAGCGUAAGGUGGCAGAGGAUGGGGAGACCAAUGAGGAGACGUUGCUGCAGGAGUCGGCCUCUAAGGAGGCCUACUACAUGGGCCGCCUUUUGGUGCUGCAGACGGAGGUGACGCUGAGCCGCUCUGUGGCGUCCAAUGCCCAGUCCGAGAAUGAGAGGCUCAACGCGCUCGUGCAGGAGCUACGAGAGAGUAACGAGAUGCUGGAGCUACAGAGGAGCCGGAUGAGGGAAGAGGUCAAGGAGUACAAGUUCAGAGAGACCAGGCUGCUUCAGGAUUACACAGAGCUGGAGGAGGAGAACAUCACGCUGCAGAAACUGGUUUCUACACUCAAGCAGAGCCAGGUGGAGUAUGAGGGACUGAAACAUGAAAUUAAAGUACUGGAGGAGGAGACCGUCCUCCUCAACAGUCAGCUGGGAGACGCGUUACGUCUGAAGGACAUUUCUGAGGGUCAGUUGGAGGAGGCCUUGGAUGCCCUCAAGAGUGAGCGUGAGCAGAAGAACACUCUGAGAAAGGAGCUGGCCCACCACAUCAGCCUGGGUGACAGUGUCUACGGAGCCGGGACCCAUCUGGCGCUCACGGUCACUGGCGUCGAGGGCCUCAAGUUCCCUGACGAGACCAACGGAACCAACGGCAGCGCCAUGCCUGCUGCUAACGGCAACAAUGAGGACAGCAACCGCCGCAACGGCCACGUUCACACGAGCACCGGGUUGGCCAAGAUGAACAGUGAAUACCGGCCAGGCCGGAAAGGAGAAGGCCUGCACCCUGUGCCGGACCUGUUCAGUGAGCUCAACCUGUCGGAGAUGCAGAAGCUCAAACAGCAGCUGCUACAGGUGGAGCGCGACAAGUCGUCGCUGGUCAUGAACCUGCAGGAGUCACAGAUCCAGCUGCAGCACACGCAGGGCGCCCUGACCGAGCAGAACGAGCGGGUCCAUCGCCUCACGGAGCACGUCAACGGCAUGAAAUGCCUCAAUGGGGACAAAGAGCUCGAAGACCCGCAGGAAAGUGAGAAACCUGACGGUGGCCAAUCACCGCCGGCCAAUGGUCACCGCGAUCCCGACAUCCAUGGCUUUGAGAUCCUGGAGUGCAAGUACAAGGUGGCGGUGACGGAGGUGAUCGACCUGAAGGCAGAGCUCAAGGUUCUGAAGGAGAAGUACAACCAGGCUGUGGAGGGGCAGGGAGACAGCCACAGUGACGACAGGGCUCAGGCAGUGACUGAACAGCAGGUAACUCAUUUGGAGCGUAGUUAUCGUGAGAGCCGGGAGAGGGUGGCGGGCCUGGAGGGAGAGCUUCGAGCGGCCACGAGUACGGCCACAGAGAGCCAGGGCAUGCUGAACACAGCGCAGGAUGAGCUGGUGACCUUCAGCGAGGAGCUGGCGCAGCUCUACCACCACGUCUGUCUGUGCAACAAUGAGACGCCCAACCGCGUCAUGCUGGACUACUACCGCCAGAGCCGCAUCACUCGGAGCGGCAGCCUGAAAGGCUCCGACGACCAUCGGGCUUUGCUCUCGCCCCGCUUGGCGCGACGCCUCGCUGCUGCGUCUGCGGCCUGCUCCUCCUCCGAGCCCCCGCGCAGUCCCAUGGACUCCCCAUCCAAAGACGGCCAUCACAACGGGACGACAACCAACACGGUGGACUCCUGCCAUAGCAGCCCCACCCGCAAACCCACGGGCUCCAUCAGCAUCUCUCCUUGCCCGUCUCCGGUGCCCUCGGAGGUAGGCGGGGACCUGCGGAAGGAGCCCAUGAAUAUCUACAACCUGAACGCCAUCAUCAGAGACCAGAUCAAACACCUCCAGAGGGCUGUGGACCGCUCGCUGCAGCUGUCCAGGCAGAGGGCCGCAGCCAGGGAGCUAGCACCGAUGCUUGACAAGGACAAGGAGUUGUGCUUGGAGGAGAUACUCAAACUGAAAUCCUUGCUCAGUACCAAGAGAGAGCAGAUAGCCACACUCAGGCUGGUGCUGAAGGCCAAUAAACAGACAGCAGAGGGUGCGCUGGCAAAUUUGAAGAGCAAGUACGAGAAUGAGAAGGCGAUGGUGACGGAGACCAUGAUGAAGCUGAGGAACGAGCUGAAGGCUCUGAAAGAAGAUGCUGCCACCUUCUCGUCUCUCAGGGCCAUGUUUGCCACAAGAUGUGAUGAGUACGUUACCCAGCUGGAUGACAUGCAGAGGCAGCUGGCGGCAGCGGAGGACGAGAAAAAGACGUUGAACUCCCUCCUCCGCAUGGCCAUCCAGCAGAAACUGGCCUUGACCCAACGGCUGGAGGAUCUGGAGUUUGACCACGAGCAGACUUAUCGUGGCCGCGGCGCUAAAGUGCCCAGGAUUAAAAGCAGCCCGCCCAAAUUUCUUGUAGAUUGUCAGCAGCCUGCUGCCUCAGUACCGUCACUCUCCCCACAACUAAGGCGAGGGAGAGCCUCCCUAGCCCGCAGUCCUAAAUUUAUGCCAGACCUCCAGGAAAACCGGGCAGUCCUGUCCAGCAGCGGCCUUCUCUCCCCCUGCGACCCUCUUAACUCUCUGGCCCAGCGACCCCAGCCCCCCGGCACCUAACCUCGCUGCUCCGGCCCAGGCCCCGGCCUCGGUCUGGUAGGAGUCAUGCAGAGACAGAGACACUCUGGAUGGGGGUUCCCUCGGUUUAACUCCCUCUAGCAGUUCCACCUGGUGCUUACUGGACUCUGUGACCCCCCAAUUCCCCCUAAGCGCUACAUGGUCCGGCCCUCGGCAGGCCUCUUGGUUAGCUGGGUCGCAGAAGAAGAGCAAGACGCUCCCUUCUUCUCUGGAAGUGACAACCUGUCCUGGAAAGGACUGAACUGAGGUGCAAAAUGUGUGACAAAUCACGGGAAUUUUUUCCCUUAUUCAUAUUAUUUAGUAUUUAUUUGUAACUGAUUUACUCUAUUGGUUAUUUAUUUACACAUUGAUUUGUGAAAAGUUUCUGAGAUAUUUAUUACUGGAAUGUUUUUUUUCUGUGUUUGUUGGUCAUUCUUCAAUAUGGAAAUCAAGACCUGUUUUACCGCUGUGGACAAUUUAGCACAUUCACUACUGUACCUACAUGGCCAGUACUCAAUGCAACCACAACCAGAACUGCAAAAGUUCUUUCUGGUCUAAAGAAGAGAUUUAAAACUUGCCUAUCCAUACUAUACGCCAUUUAAAAUGGUAGAUUUUGUCAGUAUAAUAAUCAAAACAUGUGUAUGCCACUUUUACAUAGGAGUGUUAGAGUACAUUGGCUUGAAUAUUGCAGACAGACUAAUGAAGGUCAGCGUUUUAUUACAAGAAAAUCGUUUCUUGUGGUGGUGGUGGUGAUGGAUGGAUUUCAACUACCUUUCUAACGUCACUAGUAUUUCUUGGGAUGCUUGUGUUUUUUAUACAAAGAUUUUGUUUUGCAAAUCAUAAAGAAUAUUUUAUACCUCUUAUUAUUUGUAUUUAUUUUUACAGCAGACUCUAGUGACAUGGUUGUGUCUGAUAUGUAGCUCAGAUCUCCUCAGAGACUGGGAUAGACGAGAGACUGAGUGUUUGAGAUCAGGACUAGGGCUGUUGGCCUGGGAUUUUUUUGCCUUUUGAAUUGCACAGGUUUAAGUGACCAUGGAGUGAACUGACCUCCAUGUUUUUUAACAUUAGUUAUGAGCAGAGGGUUCCCCAAAGAUGUGCCCUCUUCAUGAGUUACCGUCACUGUCAUGUCAACAUCGUAUCCUCACCAUAAAGUAUUCUCCGUCUUCUCUGUGAGCUCUUUCACUGUAUUGGCCCAGAAAACGUAUUAUCACCCUUAGUUCCUCCUGCAAUGACAGUGACAGAAAUUUUCAUUAUCCCGAGCUACACUUGUAAGUCAUCGUAACUCUCCAUGUUUAGCUGUCCCUUCAUGCUUCCUCCAAACAGUAUGCAGUACUGUCCAAGCACAAUAUGCACUAUGCAUUAAGAGCAAUACAGUAGUGCCGGUCGUAGACUGAUCUGAUUCAGAUUUACUCAAUCUUUCAAUUUUUUCUGUCACCAUGAAUUAACCAGCAGGCUGACGAAAAACGCAGAACAACAAGUGUUCCCAACUUUCCCAGAUCAAAAAUGGGGAUCCAAUCGAGAUGUUGUUUAUAUUUGAAACAGUGUUUUGAUCACAGAGGAGUGGCGCUACGUCUGACUGAGAUGGAUGUAACGUGUGACUUUGAUGCAGAAUUGAAAUCCCAUUUCUGUCUUUAUACCCUCAUAAUGUCUUCAAUGUAAAUGCUCUCCUCACUGCACUGAAUACAUACUUUUGCCAGAUGGAUAUGAAAUGGAUAAACUGAAACUACAUAGCCAGUAUAGUGUUGUAAUGACAGAUAAAAGCAUUUCUGUUACAUCAGCGAUGAAUGAGUGAACUCUUUUUGUUCUCUGUGUGUACAUUUGUUGGGUUUGUCUUUGUUAACAGUGUAGAUUGUUACUUUUGCAACUAAAGAGUGAUGAAAAAAUAUCUGUGGUCCAAAAGUAGCUUGUGAACCCACGCAGGCUCAUUUGGUGACCUAACUCUCUUGGUUUGUUUGCACAAUAUAGCAGUGGAUGGAGAGAGACUAAUCCAGAGAAAGAAAAAAAGAAAAGAAAUGUGGUUUAAAAAGAACAAUAGCCGUACUACAGUGGGUUUAACAGUUUCUCCUCCAUUUAAAACAGUGUUUAACUGGUUUCACGAGCAAAUAAAAAGACCUGUCCUUGGAUUUGUAUGUGA